AUGACGUCGGCCUCAGAGGGCGGCGGGGACGGGGGGGCGUCGCUGGCCGCGGCGCUGGCCGAGGCCGAGCCGCUGGUGACGCAGCCGGGUCCUGACAGACAGCUCGUGCGAGCGGCCCGGUCGCAGCUGCGGCGUCUGGCGGGGAAGCCCGCCUCGAAGGAGGGCGCCAGUGACAGCGUGGACAGCAUCUUCAAGCCCGCCAAGUCCUACCCCGACGAGGAGUUCGAGACGGUCGCGGCGAGGUUCGAGGACCUCCGCUGGAAGCUGCAGACGAUGCCGGGCGGCGCGACCGUCAGGACGGACGAGUACUACGUGAUGCACAGCUUCGUGCAGCAGGCACAGCACGGAGACGUCGCGACCGAGAAGCCCAUGUGGGCCGACCGAGGCGGGCUGGACUACGACGGGCGGAACCGCCGCGCUGACAAGAUGAUCGGAGACCCGCCCAUGAUGCAGGACAGGCUCAAGGGCAUGAGCCGGGACAGGGCGAGGCAGCUCGCUGUGGCGUACUGGCACGAGGGCAUCCCGCCGUCUGCUCUCUACUCCGACACACGCGGCAUCACCGCACGCAAGUGA